AUGCCUGGGCCAUGUAUACAUCUGCGUGCAUUAUCGAUAUUACACACAAUCGCUGAAAUUGGAAUAGCCAUGCUAUUCUCGGGUGCAGCAAGGAUAUCAGGGAAGGGGAAAAGACGAUACGACUUCCACAGCCACUACUUCAUGGGGGAUGAAUCAAUUCGAAGGAAUCGAACAAAUGGAUUCCCCGCUUGUCCCACAUGCACUGUAACUUCUGUAAACCGUCGGAAGUUUGUGAAACCCGGUGGAAUCCUGCCCAAAUCCUUCAAUCAGAUCUACCCGGAUGUCGCCUACUCCGCUUCCUGCUUAUAA